AUGGACAGGGAAUUGUUAACGAAAGUUUACCACAAUAAUUUUCGACAGCGGACCAGACUGAAAACGUGGUUGAUCAACGUCCCGAGGCCCAAUCAACGUCACAAGAAACCAGACACCGCCAGUCAGCAUGACAAGAAACCAGACACCAUCAGUGAGCGUGAUAAGAAACCAGACACAUCAAGUCAGCGUGACAAAAAGCCAGACACCUCUUGUCAGCGUGCCAAGAAACCAGACAAAUCCUGUCAGCGUGCCAAGAAACCAAACAAAUCCAGUCAGCGUGACAAGAUACCAGAUACCACCAGCCAGCGUGACAAGAAAACAGGCACUACCAGUCAGCGUGACAAGAAAACUGACACCACAAGUUAUUGUGGCAAGAAACACGACACCGCCUUCAGCGUGAUAAAGAAAACUGAUACCGUCAGUCAGCGUUACAAGACAUCAGACACCUCCAGUCAGUUUAACAAGAAAUCAGACAUCGCCAGUCAGCGUGACAAGAAAUAA